CAGUGGAACGGCUGCCAGCCUUGCAGUACCAGAAGUUUGGGAACACGGACAUGAUGGUCUCCCGUGUUUGUGGCGGAACAAUGAUGUGGGGCACCUUGAAUAAGGAGGAGAAGAUGGCCUUUGAACAGUUGGACGCCCUGCUGGACCUGGGAGUAAACUUCAUUGAUACCGCGGAGAUGUAUCCGGUGCCCUUCGAAGGUGGCCGGGUGACGGAGAAGUGGAUCGGUACCUGGCUGUCCAAGUCGCUGAAGGAGGGCAAAGUGCAACGGGAGAAGUUUUACAUCGCGAGCAAAGCGAAUCCGUCCAACAGAGGAGGACCCGACCUGCCAGGCCGGAAAAAACCUUAUGGUUUCGAUGCAGCUGCUCUGAUGGCCUCCUGUAAAGCAUCGAUCGAGCGAAUGAAAUGUAAAUACAUUGAUCUCUAUUACCUGCAUUGGCCGUCUCGGAAUGUGCCGGUCUUCGGUUGCUCCUCCUUUUAUCCGGACAAGAACCGGCCGGUCCCAUCGUUUGACAAAGGUGAAGCGGAGACGUUUGAGGCACAAGUCCUGGCCGUCAAAGCUCUUUUGGAUGAAGGAUUGAUUAAGUAUUGGGCCUUGUCCAAUGAAAACAACUACGGCGUGACGAUGUUUAUCUUGACCUGCGACAAGCUGGGCGUAGCGCGGCCGGUCUGUGUACAGAAUGACUACAGCUUGAACAACAGAACCUUCGAUGAGGAUUGUUGGGAAGCUUGUCACCGUUUUGGCCUUGUGAGUUGUCACUACGGCAUUCUCGGGGGCGGUGUCUUGACGGGCAAAUAUUUGAGGGACUCACCCUACGCCAAGAAGGACAAGGACUUAUCUGAGUGUCGUCACCAUGCCCGGCCCGACUUUCAGCCCCGCUAUGUGUAUCCCAUGUCCAUGAAGGCCGCCGAGCGCUACGCGAAGCUGGCCGAGAAGUACGGCCUGACGCCCACGGAGUUGGCCUUGGCGUGGGCCAAUCAGCAACCUCACGCGGGCGCUGUGAUCAUCGGCACGACCACCAAACGCCAGGUGGAGGAGUGCGUUGGCGCCUGCAAGAUCUCAGCCUUGCCAAAAGAGCUCCUGGCCGAAAUCGACGCGGUUCAUGAGGAGUUUCGCAAUCCCAAUCAGUUCUUCGUCAACAAGGACUUGGUGUCUAAAGCGCCUUGGGCGGAGGCAGCGGAGGCGGCAUCCCAGUCGCAGUUCUAA